CCUCCAAAAUUUUUUCUUCUCCCCUCAUCACAAACAAUAUCCCUAAAAAAAACCAAACAAAAAAAAAACUCUCUUUUAAACCCUUGUUCAUUGAUUAUGAAGCCUUAGAAAAAUCCAUAUUCACAUUUUUCUUUUGAGAAAAAUGAUGAGUAAGAAAGAGGAGGAAAGGAAUGAGAAGAUAAUUAGGGGUCUUAUAAAAUUGCCUCCUAAUAGUACUUGCAUAAACUGCAAUAGCCGGGGUCCUCAGUAUGUAUGCACAAAUUUUUGGACCUUUGUUUGUGUUACUUGCAGUGGUAUACACCGUGAAUUCACUCAUCGUGUGAAAUCAGUAUCCAUGGCUAAAUUCACCACACAAGAAGUUCAGGCUCUUCAAAAGGGUGGUAACCAGCGUGCCAGAGACAUUUUCUUCAAAUCCUGGGAUAUGCAAAGUAUUAGAUUUCCUAAUAACAGCAAUGCUGAUAAGAUUAGAGAAUUCAUAAAUGAUGUCUAUAUACACAAGAAAUAUGCCAAUGAAGGGUCUUCUGGCAAAUUACCUAGCAACAUGGAGAAGCUUAAUAUCAAUGAAGAAAAUGGAAUCGAAGCUAGUUCUCAUCAUUCUUCUCAAAAUCCACAACAUCAGCAUGAAGAUAAUCGAAUCGGGAGAAGUCCAAUUAUUAAGCUUAGUGAAAGUCAAGUUUUGGAUCAGGGGUUUUUUGACAGGAUAAUCUCUGGCGCUGUUGAUUAUGUUGCCAAUGAAAAUUCGAGUUCCAACUUUUCAGACCACUCAGUUACUAGUAAUGGCGAUCCAUUGUCGCCAUAUUCACAAGACGUUGGAGAUAUCAGUCCUGAGUUAGUGAAAGAAAAUGUUGAAAGGAAUUCCAAUGAGAGAUUUUGUCACAAAAGAACUGUCUCUUCAGGCGGAUUUGAAUCUAGUUCCAGAAGCUUGGAAUCAUUUAGAUCAACUGCAGAGUCAUUUCUAUCGACUUCAGAAUCAUUUGUAACAGCUUCAGAAUCAUUUCGAUCACAUUCAGGAUCGUUUUUAAUGAAUGAUGACGUAGGAGAUACAGAUUUGAAUGGAGCCCAGAAAACACCAGUGUCAACUUCUAUGAAUGCUAAUGAUGGGGACUUGUUUGGUGAUAUUUGCGAUGAUAAGCCUUCGGUCUCUGGAAAUGACGAAGAAUGGGCUACAUUUGAUGAACAUGAUCCUUUUGGAUUUCUUAUUGAAAGAAGUGAAAGACCUGAAACUAAAGAUAAAGAUAAUUCUCAGUGGUUUUCAUUUCCAAACUCUGUGUAUUCUGAUCCUUUUCUGUCAAGUAGUAAUCAACUGGAAAUUGAUUUACAGUCGUGGCAGGCAUUCAAAGACUCUUUUGAGAACAAACCCCAAAAUGUAUUUGAAAAUCUUGACAGGAAUAAUCAACUACAUAUUCCAGUCAAUGAUUUACAUAGUGGGCUUCAAAUAUCAGAGAAACCUUUCGAUAAUGGAUUUCAAAGAUCAUUAUCUGUUGAUAGCCUUAAUCUUCCGUCAAUUAAUAUCUCAAAAACAUCAUUUCCUCCAUAUAUUCUACCUCCAAUGGAAAAGAUGGUUCAUCCAGGCAAAUCAAGAAAUCCAUUUGAUUUACCAUAUGAUUUGGAUCCGGAAGCCGACAAUAAGUUUUUCGAUAUGAGCUCUCUACAAACAACAAUACCAUUUCCAGGGGUGCCUACUCCUCAACAAUGGUCACCUCAGAGUUCCAACAUCCAAGGUGUACCAUACGUGGAAACUCAAGAACCUAGUUCUAUGUUCUCAAAUGCACAAGGCACUAGCACAUCUCGUCAUGGGAAUCCAUUUGCUUAGACAGACAUCGGCCAAGGCAACGUGAUCGCUGCUAUUGAUACCAUGGAUGCUUGCAGGUUUUGAUAGUGCACUGACAAAACCUGUUUCCUGGUACACGAGACACGCGAAGCUGUAGAAAAGUUUCAAAGCAAGACGAUCGGGAGGCAUGUAUCAUGAUGAGACUUUGAAUUGCGUUACUAUAGUGACAUUAAUUUUUCCACUGUUUUGAGUAGUAUGUUGUUGUUUACAUCAACACCGUCGCAUUGAACAACUGUAUGAAGUUACAGAUUCAGUUACAGAUUCCCUCAGCGAAUAGAUCAAGCCUUCUUUUUUCUUGCCAUUUUUAAUGUGUGCCCUUUUAACCUGUUACC